UGCAAUUCAAUCCAAGUUUGAUUUCUGAAUGUAGGGAAUCCAUUGAUUCACUUUAUGGCACACUUUCAAGCUUUCCUUGAGGAUACGGGAAACCGGAUCAAUGAUCAAGAAGCAUUGAAACUUUUGGAAAAGAAGAUCAGAGAUGCAGGAUAUAAAGCAGAAGAUACAUUUGAUUUGUGCCUAAGAAGAAUCCAUGUGGCUAAUACUGAACAUGAUCAAAACAACGCUCGGUGUAAGCUCUAUGACGAGUUGCAGCAAAUAACAGAAGUGAUGGAUUCCAUACGAGUAGGGGUGAUGAAGUUCAAGAAUGACCGUCACAAUAACCAGCAAGAUAUCAAAGAUCUUUCAGCAAUAACUUCUUCACCUUUGCGCUCAUCAGAGCGUGUCUUGGAUGAGGAAAAUACUCUCGUUGGAAUGGAGGAUGAUUUCAAAAUCAUAAGAGAUCAACUCUUUGGGCAAACACCAGAGCUGAACGUUGUCUCAAUUGUUGGUAUGGGCAGUAUCGGUAAGUCGACUCUUGCUAAAAGUUUAUUUAAUCAUCCAUCAGUAUCCCGUCGCUUUGAUAUUUCUUCAUGGGUUACUGUUUCUCAAGCAUAUGAUGCAAAAGAAAUGCUUUUGGAUGUCCUAAGCUUCGGUACUCCAGGUGGGAAGGCAAUGUACCGCAAUAUGAGCGAAGAUGAAUUAUUGGACCAAGUGCAUAGAAAAUUGAAAAGGAAGAGGUAUUUGAUAGUUUUGGACGAUAUGUGGACUAUAGAGGCUUGGGACCAAGUAAGAAGAUCAUUUCCCGAUGAUGAAAAUGGAAGUCGCAUAAUGAUAACUACUAGGCUCCUCGAAGUAGCUAAUUGUGCUGGCAAUGAUUUCCCUCCUCAUCACAUGCCUUUUCUUAGUCUUGAAGAUGGUUGGAAAUUACUAUCUCUUAAGGUUUUUGCAAAUGAAGAUUGUCCCCCUCAGCUUGAAGAAGUAGGAAAGCAGAUAGCGAAACAAUGUCAAGGGCUAGCUCUCUCAGUUGUUGUCAUCUCUGGGCUUCUGUCGAAGAUCAAUAGGACAUAUGAUGAUUGGCAACAAAUUGCUGAUAAUGUGAAUUCCCACAUAGGUUCAACCUCCCAGCAGUGUUUAGCAAUAUUAGCUCUGAGUUACAACUACUUGCCUUGUAGCUUGAAAGCUUGCUUUCUUUAUAUGGGGGUUUUCCUUGAAGAUGCAGAUAUUUCUGCGGAUAAGUUGAUUAGAAUAUGGGUUGCUGAAGGUUUUCUGAAGCGAAAUAGUCAUAAAAAGCCAAAGGAAGUAGGAGAAGAAUGUUUAGAGGAGCUAGUUAGUAGAAGUUUGAUUAUGGUUAAUAAUCGAGGAUGGGUAAGCGGAAAAAUUAAAUGUCUCAGAAUUCACGACCUCAUUCGACUAAUAUGCUUGAGAGAAGGGAAAGCCGAGAAGUUUUUUCAUGUCAUAAAUGAAUGUUACGAAGUGUCCUCAGAAGGCGUGGAGAGUGAACAUCGACUAUUUUUGUAUGAAGAUGCUGUACAAAACCAGAAUAUCGGCCUAGAGAAAGGCAAUCUGGAUUCAGUUCGUACCAUCUCGUGCACGCAUAAACCACAUGCUUCUUUACUCGACUAUGAAUGCUACAAAAUAGUGGAUUCUCGUUUUCAAUUGCUAAGGGUAUUGGAUGUACUACUGAUUUAUUUUCUACAUUUUCCAACUGAGAUAACACAACUAGUGCACUUGAGAUAUCUUGCAUUGGUCACUUCUACCAGUGUUCCGGCAUCAAUAUCUAAUCUGUGGAAUCUACAGACAUUGAUUGUUCAUUCAGUUGCGAAUGAAUUAUCCUGGCCAUUAGAAAUUUGGAAAAUAUCAAGUUUGAUACACUUCUAUCCAGGGAAAAUGUAUGUACCUGCUCCUCCUAAGGCACCAAAUUUUUUGGGUCUAGAAAACUUAGAAGAGCUUUCACUAAGCACUGCUAGUUCUUCCAACUUGAAGGAAAUCUUUAUGGCAAUCCCUCAUGUAAAGGUAUUGGAUGUUGACCUCAAUCAAGAUGGAUGGGAUAAUCUUAUAGAUAAUCUAAUCUAUCUAGCUGAUCUUCGGAAUCUAAGAAUUCUUCUCCGUCUUCCGUUUGAUGCACAAUUAUUCCGAAGGCCGAGUGCUCGACCAUAUGACGUGUUCCCAGCAAACCUCAAGAGUUUGAUACUUGCAGAGACACAUCUAGGGAGUAAUUGGAAUCUAGAUGAAGGGGGUUUCAAGAAACUCAAGUUGCUAGACAUUGUUCAACCGGAGCUGGUGCACUGGCAUGCAACCAGUGAGAGUCUUCCAGUUCUAGAGUAUCUAGUCCUAAGACAUUGUUAUAAGUUGAAGGAGAUUCCUACAGAGAUUGGAGAUAUUCCCACAUUGAAAUUGAUUGAGUUGCAUUAUUGUAGCCAAUCUGCUGUCACUUCUGCAGAGGAAAUUCUAGAUGAACAACAAAGCUUGGGAAAUGAAGUUCUUGCGGUCCGCGCCUACAACACUAGAGGCUAAGAAGUGGAAGAAAAUGAAGAAAUACGAGACAUUCUCAACUAAGAAUAUAGGUAUGUUUGACCCUUUUAUGCUUCUAAAUGUGAUGACCGUUGAUGAACUGAAUAAGCUGAAAACAAAAUGGAAAACCUUCUCUGGGAGUUUGCAUAAAAGAAAUUGCUGAUAUUAAUUAAGACAUGACGAGAUUGCACAGAGUGACUAUAAUUUUUUAAAAGUUUUUAGUAAUUGAAGUUAUGAUUUCAUUAACAGCAAAAUAAACAGUUCUAUGACGUCAUGCGGCCUUCUUUUUUUUAUUUUUUAUUUUUUCCUGGGUAUUUGUAUUUGUGAUUGAUAGCUUGGAGAGGAAAUAUUCGCUACUUAUUUGUUUGAAUUUAAUGAUUAUAGUUAGAUACUGCAAAAUCCGCUUAAGGGAGGUUUCAAGGUGGUUUAUUAAGAUCUUAGGCUAUACAAAAUAGUACAUUCUUUAAAAAGAAAAAUAAAAACUAGUACCCAAUUUAUGCGGCAUAUUUUUUUUUUUUAGUCUGUCCCAAAAAGAAUGUUAUACUUUCUUAUUUAGAAACAAUUUAACUUUAAAUUUUCUUUUUUCCCUUAAUGAGAUGAUUUACGGCCACACAAAUUUCUAUAGCUUGUUCAAGUCUUCCAAACCAUAAGUUUCAAAAGUUUUCUUUUUUUCUUCUAAACUCCAUGCCGAGUAAAACACCGCUACAUAAAUUCGAACAGAGGGAGUACCCUAAUUAAGUAUGAAUUGAAUAGUUAACUAUUUUCAUAUGAUGUCAAAAUGAAGUUUCAAUAAGUUCACAAUCCUGGUAAGUUCAUUUGUAGUUGCACACCUUCUUAUUUGCUCUCUCAUUUUUCCUUUUUCAUGUGGAUUCUAUUAUUAUGGGUAUAUCCAAGUCUUCUUUUCCCCAUACUAACUAUAACCCAAGACAAGAGUAUAUAGUGUACAAUAUAGGGAGCAACUCAAGAAUAAAUGCCUAUAUAAACUAGCUAAAAUUAAAUAAAGGAGUCUCCAUGAAACCUAUGUUGCGUGGACUCUCCAAAAUAAUGCCGUACCCGUAUCGGAUUUGUCAAAAAUGCAUUACUUUUGAAAGAUCCGACACGCACCCGGAGAAAUUUUUGGAGAGUCCGAGCAGCAUAACACAAAACACUGCGUGGAGCUCACUGACAUAUGUCUUCCUCAAGUAGCUAUCGAUCUUUCAGCAGCCCUGUCAAUUCCUAUAUAUGUAAAAGAAAAAGAGCAAAAAAUGGGGUGAGUUCACCAACUCAGUCAGUAGUCACCUAAUCCAAACCAGACUGAGGACAUACAUAUUGUAGCAAAUAUACAUACAUUUAUGCUGCUCACCCUCAGUAUAGAACCACAGUUCACUAAAUGUCUUUUAAACAAGUGAUUUCUCCUAAUCCCUGAGUAGCUAGGAUCCCUGGUGUGCUACCCCCAACCCCAACGUCCAGACUGUUUGGAUACAAUUAAAUUCCACCACAUGGAUUAGCGAUUCAAUCCGUCUAUGUUUUACUUACUUGUGUACGCUAAUCGUACCACAAGACUCAUAAACAUGACUAAAUUAUGUCCUAAACCCAGUGUUAGAAAUAAUUUGAGUCAGUCUUCUCAGUGGACAUGUGGUCUUCCUAGACUUGUUGGAUUGAUUUAAUAUUGAAUGGUGCAGAUGGAUACAACACAAUACAUCACAGCUGUGUAUAUGCAUGAUUCUAGAAUAUUCUUACACACGAGAUACAAAUACACAACUCAUAGUUAUUUUUCAUUCUUUGUACAAAGCUUAUAGUACUAGUCUUUUGAACUUCUUCCUAGCUAAUGUUGAAUCUGCAGUGGCACCACUCUGGGUGGGACAAUCUUGCCAACUGCUGUCACAAUCCUUUUUCCAUCUGAAAGAUUCCACAGUGAUAAUUAAAUGAACUGUAUCCAGAAGUGAAAUGGAUUGAUCUACCAUGUGGAUUUUAUAAUUCAAAGUUUGCACCUUCGCUUUUUCCUCAACAUCUAGUAUGCUUGGACUUUCUUGUAAUUUUUUUAUGUAUCAAUGUGACAGUUAAGACUUUGAUUUUAAGACGAAUUGUAAAUAUAAGUUGUGUGCUUGAUGUUGGGCCUACUUUUUCUUUU